CGGUGCCUCUCUGCAGGGCCGGGGAGCCGCCAUUGGCCGCCGCUCCCGCCGCUCCGGCUCUCGGCGCGUGUUGUUUAUUUGGGCGCUCCGGAUUGGCUGGGCACUGGCGGUAGGCGGUCUCUAGGUGACGUCGUCCGGCGAAGGUCGGACCAGGGAGCAAGAACGAAGCCAGGCGCGCCCUCGGCCGCCUGGGGGCGCCUUCCCGCCCCGAGCCGAUUGGGCGCCGCUGCCUCGGGGGGCGGAGCGCCGCCCGGCGGGGCUCGGCUGCGGGGGCCUCUAUUGGCCGCGCCGGCGGCUCCUGGUGACGUGGCCGCCGGUGCGGGCGGCGGGUGCCGGCAGCGGGGCGAUGCGCGGGCGGGCAGCGGCAGACGCGCAUGGCCAGGAUCGGCGUUUCCUGCCCGUCGUGGCGGUCGGCGGGACCCUGCCCGUGCCCGGGGCCGCGGCAGCGCCUGGCCGCGCUGGGAGCGGCCCUCGCCGUGGGGCUGCUGCUGCUGCUGGCGGCUGCCGCCCCCCGCCGCUGGGCCGCGCCGCCCCGCGCUGCCCGGCGCGACGAGAGGUAUCUGGCGCGGGCAGAGGAGCUGACGGCCACCGACACGGAGGACCCGGCCCUUAACUACGGGGUGGUCGUCGACUGCGGGAGCAGCGGGUCCCGGGUCUUCGUCUACUUCUGGCCCCCGCACAACGGGAACCCCCACGACCUGCUGGACAUCAGGCAGAUGAGGGACCGGAGCAGCCGCCCCGUCGUCAAGAAAAUUAAGCCAGGCAUCUCGGCAGCGGCCCCCACGCAAGCUACGCCCUACCUGCGCCCGCUGCUUCAGUUCGCCGCAGCCCACAUCCCUGCGCAGAAGCACAAGGAAACGCCGCUCUACAUCCUGUGCACGGCGGGCAUGCGGCUGCUGCCUGAGGGGCACCAAGCUGCAAUCCUGGAGAACUUGGUGAGAAACGUGCCCCUGGAGUUUGAUUUCCUCUUCUCCAAAUCACACGCAGAAGUGAUCUCGGGGAAACAGGAAGGUGUCUAUGCUUGGAUCGGCAUCAACUUUGUCCUGGGCCGGUUUGAUCACGAGGAUGAGGAGGAUGUGGUGGUCACUGUAGCGCUGGGGGACCAGGGAGAGUCCCUGGUUCGGAAACGAACGGUUGGGAUCCUGGACAUGGGGGGUGCCUCCCUGCAGAUUGCCUAUGAAGUGCCCGACUCUGGAGCCUUCUCCCUGCAGCAGGAGGAGGCUGCGAAGAGCUUGCUGGCAGAAUUCAACCUGGGCUGUGAUGUGCAGCAUACUGGCCACGUGUACCGUGUCUAUGUCAACACCUUUCUCGGCUUUGGGGGCAAUUUUGCUCGGCAGCGCUAUGAGGAGCUUGUGCUGAACCAGACCUAUGUGCACAACCGCCUGCAUGGCCAGCAGACAGGGCUGAGCCCUGAGACACCCUUCCUGGACCCCUGCCUGCCUGUAGGGUUGGAGGACACGGUGGUGAGGGGCGGGCGAACCCUGUACGUGCGGGGGCGAGGGGACUGGUCAGCCUGUGCAGAGCUGCUGCAGCCCCUCCUGGCUGGGCCCAACAGCAGCCAGGCCUCCCUGGUGGGGGCCUACAAAGCGCCCAUCGACUUCAGCAACAGUGAGUUUUAUGGCUUCUCUGAGUUCUUCUACUGCACCGAGGACGUGCUGCGCCUGGGCGGCCACUACAGUGCCCCCACCUUCACAUCUGCUGCCCAGGAGUACUGCAGCCAGCGAUGGCAGGUGUUGACCCAGCGCUUCCGUGGCGGCCUCUACUCUGCGCACGCUGAUGAGCACCGGCUGAAGUAUCAGUGCUUCAAAUCGGCCUGGAUGUACCAAGUCCUUCACCAGGGCUUCCGCUUCCCCCUGGACUACCCCAGCCUACGCACGGCCCAGCUGGUGUAUGACCGGGAGGUGCAGUGGACGCUGGGAGCCAUCCUCUACAAGACACGGUUUCUGCCACUCAGGGAUCUCCGACAGGAGAGCAUCCGGCAAGCACAUGCCUCCUGGCUGCGACUCUCUUUUGUCUACAACCAUUAUCUCUUCUUCGCCUGCAUCCUGGUUGUAGUGCUGGCCAUAGUCCUCUACCUCCUGCGGCUGCGCCGCAUCCACCGCCGGCAGCUGCGCUCGGCCCAGCUCUCCCUGCUCUGGCUGGACAAGGUGGUGGUGCCCCUGGGCCAGGGCAAUGGGCCGUGAUGCCGGUGAAACCCACCAUGCAGUUGCACCAGCAGAACUAGGACUGGCUGACAGCCGGGGCUCUGAGGGCUUGGACUCUUCCCAUCUCGACUCUGCGCUCCAUCUCCACAUCAGAACCAGAGCCUGUGGGCUGAGGCAGCUACAGACACCAGGGCUUUCCCUCUCUGCCUCACCCCAGUGCUAAUCUUUGCAUUCCCUGGCCUCUGGCCUUUGCCUCAAUAUGCGGUGUAGAGCAAAGUCCUCUGCUGCCAGCAGGCUCAAGGCUGCAGCCCUGGCAGGUCCCUCAGAUAAGCAGGACACUAUCAUAGAUGCGGCCAGCCCACGACUGUGGCCUGAAGCACUGGGCCACCCCAUGACUCAGCCACCAGCUGGCAGAGCCAACCUGGUGGGUUGUGCUGUAGCUCAUCACCUGGGAUGGCCUUUCUGCAGUCCCUCACAAGCCCAAAGACUGGGAAUGGCAGUCAGCUGCGAAGUUACUGCAGGAGCCAGGUGAGCUGAGUCCCACCAAGCUGUUCUGCCCAGCCGGGCCCCUCUCUGAGCAUUCCCUGGGACACGUCCUGCUCUUUGCCAUGUCUUCCUGUCCUAGUCAAUGUCCCAGGCACAGUCCUGAGGGCUCAGAGGUUGGUUCCUAAGGUACCACCUAACUGAGCUGCCUUUCCUUUCACACAUUUCCUCCUGGGCAUGUCUGCCCUGUGGCAUCCCAUGUUAAUCGGGCACUACCACCAAGACAUGUCGUUCUCUCCCCUGUGAGUGCGGGCUGGGCCUGCCCAUGGGGGAAGCACCUCACUCCAGCCCAGCUCACUGCCCCAGGGCAGGUCUAGGCUGUGGCUGUACACACAGGCACAAGCCUUCCUCCCCUGGGGCUGAAGCCCACCAAUGACCCAAUGAAGUUUGUCACUUUUUACUUGAACUCAGCUGUUCUCACUCCUGUUGCAAUAAAACAACCCCCUUGAGCCAUCCA